AUGGAUAAAAUUUUUAGCUCACCAAAAGAAGAUAAUGAAAUAAAUAAAAGUUGUGAUAAUGGUGAUUGUGUAGAAUGUGAAGAAGAUGAAGAGGGAGGUGUUAAUACUUUAAAUAAAGAAACCAUUAUAAAAAAUAACAAUAAAGAACAAGAAGAAGAAAAUCUUAACCAAAAUAAUAAUAAUAAUUACAAUAAUAAUUUUUCAAAAAAUAAUAUUAAAAAAUCAAAGAUUAGAAUUGUUAAUAAAGAGACAGAUUAUAAAGAAGAAUUUUCAUUUCAAGAACUUAUAAAAUUUUCAAAUGAAUUAAUUGAUGAAAGAGGACAUACAAUUAGAAAUACACCAAGUAUUACUGAUUUUCAAAAUCCUCCAAUCGUUAUGGUAUCUGUAAAUAGUCCAAUGCCAACUCCAAGAGCUACAACUACAACAACUACAACUACUACUACAGCAACAACCAAUGAUAAUAAUAAUAAUAAUAGUAAUAAUAAUAAUAAUAAUAAUAAUAAUAAUAAUAAUAAUAAUAAUAAUAAUAAUAAUAAUAAUAAUAACAAUGAUAAUAAUAAUGAUAAUAAUGAAAAAGAUAAUAUUUUAUUAGGAACUAGUAUGUCAUCAUUUUUACCACUACCAUCACCACUACCAACAGUAUCACCAUCAACAGAGGAUCCAUUAGGUUUAAAAUCACCAUUAAUGAAUUCAACAACCAAUCAAUUAAAAUCAUUAACUAGUGGUGGUUCCUUUUAUUUGAAUACAAAUCCUGAUUUUAUAAAUAGUACCAAUAGUUUAUUAGAGUUUAGUAAUCAUCAAAGAAGUAAUAGUUCAUUAAUUAGUAGAAGAGUCAAAAAUAGUAGUGGUGGUGGUGGUAGUGGUGGUAAAAUUCAACAAAAUACAAUUGGUGAAAUUGUUAAUGAUGGUGAUGAUUAUGAUGAUAUUAUUAAAAAUAAGAAAAAGAUGAUGAAUAAUGAUGAAAAAGUUUAUUGGAUAGAUUUGGAAGGUUUAUCAGAUGAUGAAAUUUCAAUAGUUUGUAAUUUAUAUUCAAUUCAUCAUUUAACAUUUGAAGAUAUUACAUCGGAAGAUUCAACAGAGAAAUGUGAAGAGUUUUCAAAUUAUACAUUCAUUUCAACAUCAGAGACGAUUUACUCUUAUACCGAUUUGGUGCAAUCCAAUAUCUAUAUUGUACAAUUCUCAAAUUUCGUAUUGAUCUUUCAUGAACAUCCAUUGGACUCAAUUGAAGAUGUAUUAAACUCUUUUCGUUAUUUAGAGGGUGGGGUUUUAGCAUCAUCCCAAUGGAUUGUAUCAACAUUUUUCGAAUCAUUCAAUGAAAUCUAUUCAGAAUUAUCCGAUCAAUUAAUGAAAGAGGUUAAUGUUUUAGAUGAAUUCACACUAUCAGAAGAUGCUGCUCAUCAUUCUGAACUAUAUGUUCGUUUAGGUAAAGCAACUAGAAAAUCUACAAAUUUAUUAUCUUGGAUUUUUAUUAAAAAUGAUAUGUUAUCAUCAUUAAUAAGAUUAACAAUUAAUAAAGAAGAUAGAAUUCAUCUUAGUAAUAUUAAAGAUAGAACUGUUAGAUUAAAACAAAAGAUAAAGAUGGCAGAAGAGUUAUUGGAGAAUAUUAGUAAUAUUUAUAUUUCAAAGGUAUCAUUGGUAUUGAAUGAAGAAUCUCAUGCAUUAAAUAUAAGUAUGGGUAAAUUUUCAUCAUUAUCAGUGAUUUUCAUGCCAUUGAAUUUAAUUGCUGGUAUAUUUGGUAUGAAUGUUCAUUUACCAGGUGAAGCAGAUCCAGAUUCAACUGAUGAAAGUUCUUUUUCAGGUUUCAUUUGUUUAAUGAUGAUUAUGGUUGCAAUAGGCGCUAUUUUAACUUUAUUCUUUAAAAAACUUGAUUGGUUAUAA